UAAAACACCCGAGUUAAUGAAAUUUGCUAUCCGAGUUCUAAGCCUUACUUGUAGUGCAUCGGGAUGUGAGAGGAAUUGGAGCACAUUUUCAAUGAUUCAUACAAAAAGAAGGAAUAGGCUUGAACACAAAAGGCUUAAUGCUUUAGCCUAUGUCAAGUACAAUUUGGCUUUACAACAAAGAAGUAAGAAAAGGAUGGAGAAGUAUGAUCCUAUUGUUGUGAAAGAAAUUGCCUCCGAUGAUGAAUGGAUAACAGAGAUAGAAGAUCCCGUUCUUCCGGAAGAUCCUACAUGGCUUGAGGAUGAGUUAUUGUAUAAUGUUGAGGCUGUAAGGAAUGUGCCAACCCCGAUUUAUGAAGGUGGCUCAUACAUUCGAGAGCCUAGAGAGUCUUCUCCUCCUCCUCCUCCUCGUGAGCCUACUCCUCCUCCUUCUCCUCGCGAGCCUACUCAACCUCAGGGUCCUAUUACAUACAAAAGAAAACGGGGUAAUGAAGAAUCCUCAAGUAGAACUAGAAGAAAUGUGGAAUAUGAUUCGGAAGAUUCUUUUGAUGAAAUGAUGAGAUACCCGACAAGUUCAUCUAGAGUUGGCAAUGAAGAGGAUGAUGUUGCCUUUUAUUUAGAUGAAGAGGAUUUAGAUGAAUGAUUUAUAUCUUUGUUUGUAUUUUGAUUUAUAUGAAGAUGAUUUGGAUGAAUGAUUGUUUUCUUUGUUUGUAUUACCUUUUGAAUGAUGAAUUUGGGUGAUAUUACCUUUGAAUGAUGAA